AUGCUGGCUCGUUUGAGAGCCAAGGAAUUCCAUGCAUUGGCUCGGAAGCGUUUCCUGUCCUGGUUCCCUGAGGGCCGGGACAACCUCUUCGCCAUUGAUCGGCAUUUAAUUCGUACUGCUGUGUCACAGCUGAAGCCGGCGCCCGCCACUGUGCAGGUAGUUCGCACCCAGCUGCGGCGCCAGGACAUCAUGAAGAACUCCCAGAGCCUGCUACAGAACCUCAAGACGAAGACGGACAGCCUCAAAGCGGCCGGCACGGCGGGCGGAGCGGAGCUGGUGGUCAUCGCCGGCCCUCCGGCCGCGGGCAAGGGCACCCAGUGCGACAAGAUCAAGGCGAAGUACGGCUACGUUCACAUCUCCACCGGCGACAUCCUGCGAGAGAACGUGAAGAACG